UGACGGUAGAUCUCAGCGGUUGCGGAGAGGCGCGUCUCGGUGACAGAAUCUCACAGGCUGUCGAGGGGAGCGGGGUCGGUGGAGCGAAUUUGAGGCGGCCGCGGAUCGGGUGGCGCGCUGAGGUGGCCCCGGGCGCAGGAAGUGACUGUUGGGAGUGCGUCGGAGCGAGGAGAGUGAGGUGUCGGAGCCCGGUAAUGCCCGAUUGCUCCCCGGGAAGCUGAGAAGACUCCGCGGGAUCGCUUCAUGCCGCCGACUGGUUUAGAGCCCGCCAGAAUGAACAGGAAGAAAGGGGACAAGGGCUUUGAGAGCCCACGGCCAUAUAAAUUAACCCAUCAGGUCGUGUGCAUCAACAACAUAAACUUCCAACGAAAAUCUGUUGUGGGAUUUGUGGAACUGACGAUAUUUCCUACAGUUGCAAACUUGAAUAGAAUCAAGUUGAAUAGCAAACAGUGUAGAAUAUACCGAGUAAGGAUCAAUGAUUUAGAAGCUGCUUUUAUAUAUAAUGAUCCAACCUUGGAAGUUUGUCAUAAUGAAUCAAAACAGAGAAAUCUCAAUUAUUUUUCUAAUGCUUACGCAGCUGCGGUUAGUGCUGUGGAUCCUGAUGCAGGAAAUGGAGAACUUUGUAUCAAGGUUCCAUCAGAGUUAUGGAAACACGUUGAUGAAUUAAAGGUCCUAAAGAUACACAUCAAUUUUUCCUUGGACCAGCCAAAAGGAGGUCUUCAUUUUGUGGUACCCAGUGUGGAGGGAAGUAUGGCAGAGAGAGGUGCUCAUGUUUUCUCUUGUGGGUAUCAAAAUUCCACAAGAUUUUGGUUCCCAUGUGUUGAUUCAUAUUCUGAGUUAUGUACAUGGAAAUUAGAAUUUACAGUAGAUGCUGCAAUGGUGGCUGUUUCCAAUGGAGAUUUGGUGGAGACAGUGUAUACCCAUGAUAUGAGGAAGAAGACCUUCCAUUACAUGCUGACCAUUCCAACAGCAGCAUCAAAUAUCUCCUUAGCCAUUGGACCUUUUGAAAUACUUGUUGAUCCGUAUAUGCAUGAAGUUACCCAUUUUUGUUUGCCCCAACUUCUUCCAUUGCUUAAACAUACCACAUCAUACCUUCAUGAAGUUUUUGAAUUUUAUGAAGAAAUUCUUACAUGUCGGUAUCCAUACUCAUGUUUUAAGACUGUAUUCAUUGACGAAGCAUAUGUUGAAGUGGCUGCUUAUGCUUCCAUGAGCAUUUUUAGCACAAAUCUUUUACACAGUGCCAUGAUUAUAGAUGAGACACCUUUGACUAGAAGGUGUUUAGCUCAGUCCUUGGCUCAGCAAUUUUUUGGAUGUUUCAUAUCCAGAAUGUCUUGGUCUGAUGAAUGGGUACUAAAAGGAAUUUCAGGCUAUAUUUAUGGACUUUGGAUGAAAAAAACUUUUGGUGUUAAUGAAUACCGCCACUGGAUUAAAGAGGUAAAAAUAGCUAAGUUCACUUUCCAUGUAGAAGUUAAAGUUAGUAAGACAUCUGAUCCGGCAUCCCAUCUACAUUUUUCAAUAAAGCAUCCACAUACGCUUUCCUGGGAAUACUAUACUAUGUUUCAGUGUAAAGCUCACCUUGUCAUGAGGUUGAUUGAAAAUAGGAUCAGUAUGGAAUUUAUGCUACAGGUUUUCAAUAAACUGCUAAGUUUGGCCAGUACUGCUUCAUCUCAGAAGUUCCAGUCACAUAUGUGGAGUCAGAUGUUAGUUUCCACAUCUGGGUUUUUGAAAUCCAUUUCUAAUGUUUCUGGCAAAGAUAUCCAGCCUUUAAUAAAGCAGUGGGUAGACCAGAGCGGAGUAGUAAAAUUUUAUGGAAGUUUUGCAUUUAAUAGAAAACGAAAUGUUUUGGAAUUGGAAAUAAAACAAGAUUAUACAUCUCCUGGAACUCAGAAAUACGUGGGACCACUUAAAGUGACAGUGCAGGAGUUAGAUGGAUCCUUCAAUCAUACCUUGCAAAUUGAAGAAAACAGCCUUAAACAUGAUAUACCCUGCCAUUCCAAAAGCAGAAGGAAUAAGAAGAAGAAAAUUCCACUGAUGAAUGGAGAAGAAGUUGACAUGGAUCUUUCUGCCAUGGAUGCUGAUUCCCCUUUGCUGUGGAUAAGGAUAGACCCAGAUAUGGCAGUACUGAGGAAGGUGGAAUUUGAGCAAGCUGAUUUUAUGUGGCAGUACCAGCUCCGCUAUGAGAGGGAUGUUGUUGCACAGCAGGAAUCCAUUUUGGCCCUGGAAAAGUUCCCUACACCGGCAUCUCGGCUGGCACUCACUGACAUAUUAGAACAAGAGCAGUGUUUCUACCGAGUAAGAAUGUCAGCUUGCUUCUGCCUUGCAAAGAUUGCAAAUUCAAUGGUGAGCACAUGGACAGGACCACCAGCUAUGAAGUCACUCUUUACUAGAAUGUUUUGUUGUAAAACUUGUCCAAACAUUGUAAAAACAAACAACUUUAUGAGCUUUCAAAGUUAUUUUCUACAGAAGACAAUGCCAGUUGCAAUGGCUUUAUUGAGAGAUGUUCACAACCUUUGUCCCAAAGAAGUUUUAACUUUUAUCUUAGACUUAAUCAAGUAUAAUGACAACAGAAAAAAUAAGUUUUCAGAUAACUAUUAUCGUGCAGAAAUGAUUGAUGCCCUUGCCAACUCUGUUACGCCUGCAGUCAGUGUGAAUAAUGAAGUUCGAACUUUGGAUAACUUAAAUCCAGAUGUGCGGCUCAUUCUUGAAGAAAUCACCAGGUUUUUGAAUAUGGAAAAACUUCUUCCAAGUUAUAGACACACCAUCACUGUCAGUUGUUUGAGAGCUAUCCGAGUACUUCAGAAGAAUGGACAUGUGCCAAGUGAUCCAGCUCUUUUUAAAUCUUAUGCUGAAUAUGGCCACUUCGUGGAUAUUAGGAUAGCAGCUUUGGAAGCUGUUGUCGAUUAUACUAAAGUGGACAGGAGUUACGAAGAAUUACAAUGGCUACUUAAUAUGAUUCAGAAUGACCCUGUGCCCUAUGUAAGACAUAAGAUUCUAAAUAUGUUGACUAAGAACCCACCAUUUACUAAGAAUAUGGAGUCUCCUUUAUGCAAUGAAGCCCUGGUAGAUCAACUUUGGAAACUUAUGAAUUCUGGUACUUCACAUGAUUGGAGGCUACGGUGUGGUGCUGUGGACUUAUACUUCACCCUUUUUGGCCUCAGUAGACCUUCCUGCUUACCCUUGCCAGAACUUGGUUUGGUUCUUAACCUGAAGGAGAAAAAAGCUGUUUUGAAUCCUACUAUAAUUCCAGAAGUCAUAGCAGGCAAUCAGGAAGCUGCGAUGAAUCCAAGCAGUCAUGCACAGCUAGUUGGAUUUCAGAACCCUUUUUCAAAUUCCCAAGAUGAGGAGGAGAUUGAUAUGGAUACUGUCCAUGAUAGCCAGGCAUUCAUUUCUCAUCAUUUGAAUAUGCUUGAAAGGCCAUCAACUCCAGGUCUUUCAAAAUAUCGGCCAACUAGUUCCCGAUCUGCUUUGAUACCUCAGCAUGCAGUAGGCUGUGAUGGCAUACCUACUACAAAGCCCCAGUGGACUAUGGAACUUGCACGGAAGGGAACAGGUAAAGAACAGCCCCCUCUGGAGAUGAGUAUGCAUUCUGCUGCAGCAGCUCCGCUCUCAGUGUUUGCUAAGGAGCCCACGUCCUCCAAACACAGUGACCACCAUCACCACCAUCACCAUGAGCACAAGAAAAAGAAGAAGAAGCACAAACACAAGCACAAGCACAAGCACAAGCAUGACAGCAAAGAAAAGGACAAGGAGCCCUUCACCUUCUCCAGCCCUGCCAGCGGCAGGUCUCUGCGCUCUCCUUCUCUUUCAGACUGAGGAGGGGGCCGAGGAGACCUUUCGCUCAGUGUCCGCAAGAACAUAUAUAACUAAGGCUUUCUUCUCAGUGAAGAAUAGUGAAAGGAAAAACAAAAGAGUUACCUCUCACGGAAAUUCAGAAUCCUGCUAAACAUUUGAUUUACAUUAUUUAUACUGUUGAGAUCUAAUAAGAAAAAUAUGCUGUAUAGUUCUGAAUAAACCUUUUCAUCCUAUUUCCUCCUGAAAACACACCCACACAGAGCUAACUUCUUUCCAACAAAGGCCUCGCAUCCAUUGGCAGUCCCCAUCCACAUCAUGGGCUCCAUGUGCACCGCCAAAGCCAAUUAUGUUUUAAAACCUUUGAUGGAUGUUAUAGGGUGAAGUGAUGUUUUAAACAGAAGCUACUGCCAAAUCGGUGGUGAAGCCACUAUUUCCAGUGAGAUAUUGAAUAACACCAUUUGGAACUACUGAAAAGGAACGAGGCCUUUCUAGAGGGAUCUUCUCUGUUGCACUGUUUUUACUGUUAACUAUUAAACUUACCAUCAGAAUUUAUGAACAAAAAUGCAUGACAUCUUCUUUUAGCCUGAAAUACUGAAAUUUUCAGAAACAAUUCUUUAAAAAAAUACUUUUUGAUACCAAGUUCAACAAUUAUGAUGUUGGAAUUUAAUAGAAAUGUCAAAUCCACAAUUCCCAGAUCAAGAUGUUUAAAUUGUAAGUUCUUUUUUAUUAAGUGUAUAUGAAUAUGUUCAUAUAUAGAAUAUGUUUUGCUAAAGCUGGACAAUUGACACACCCAACGCAUAUUCUAAAAUUACUUCUAUAAAAAAAAAUACGAUACCUUAAAAAGGUGAGUUUGUUUACUACUAUUAACUUGAACAAAGGUGGUUGGGCUCUUCUGUGAGUAUACCAGAAGCAUUUAAAAGCAUGAAACAUUUUAGUUUCAUACUUAAAUUGUUUGUAUUUUUAUUUCUGAAUUUACUGUUUUAUUUCUUGUUUGUCUAAAAGUGUUUUUCACAUCUGUUUUUUUUGUUUGUUUGUUUGUUUUUUAUCAUUUUCCUUAUUAAGAGCUUGGCAAAACACUUCUUCCAGAAUAGGUAUAUUAAGAGAAUCUCAUGAUGUUGGACUUUCCUUGGUCCUUCUCUUUCUCUCUGCCCCCAUUUAAGAUGUUGUCAUCCAGCCUCCCUUUGGAGUAUCCAGCCUAGCCACCAUCUACAUAAAAUUGCAAUUCAGGGCCAUUUUGGCGCUGUUCAGAGCAAGAGUUCGCUUUGAAAGGGAAAUGUACUAGAGUGGAAGCAUCUUGAGUGAUUGUGGUAGAGCUCAGUAAACUUUGAAGCGGAUUCACAGAGGGGGUGCCUGGCCAGGGAGCUGCAGUGCUCUAACGUGUGAGAGGGAGGCACUGCAAGGUUGGCAUAUUCAGAGUUGCGUUCUCGGAAGAAAAAAAAAAACUUUUAGUUGCAUUUACCUUGUUUAAUAAAUGUUUUUAAUUAGUUCUUCUGCCUUCGUAUCUUUUGAUAUCUUUUCUUUGUGUGUGUAUAUAUAAAAUAAUACUAAUUCACCAAGUUUGCACAAAAUCCAUGUGAGUUAGUGGGACUUGAGCUGACUUCAAUUCUAAUGAAGAAGGAAGAAAUGGGUUGAUGUUCUCUCAGCAGGAGAAACAGUAUUUCCAAAGUAAUGGGGGGGAGCACCCCAUGUUCAAGAACAGGAAAGUGCAGUGGGCUGGCAAUGUGGUUAGGCAUGGACGGACAUCUGUGACCAGUUACUCAGAAAUCGUAGCUGAGUGUUGGCACUAAAAUUAGUUUUGGGGAAUGGAAUAAUUUACGAUGCGCAGUGAUACUGUAUCUGGAAUCCCCCACUUUGAGAAUAGUAAGGAUAUUUUCAAAUAACUAUUAGUGGUGUGGGAGACAGUGACAAAUUACUAGAGCUAGUAUAUGCUAGGACCUACAUGUUAUGUGUGUUUUCUAAGCUGGAUAUUUAUACUUGAUGUUUCUUGAGAAACAAUUUUUUAUGGUCUGCGUUCAGUUAUUUAAGCUGAUGGUUAUGAGCAGACUGCAGAAAUUAUUGUAACAAUAUUUUUUUAAAUAGCUAAUACCAUGCAAAAAUGUAAAGUCCUGGUUUCAGUCCUGUCCUGGAGAGGACCUGUGAAUAGUGGCCAGUGUGACAUCUUACAGAGCUAGUCUGUACGUAUAUUACACAGUAUAUACUUCUUUUUUAACAAGUGGCAAUUGCAGAAAUUGUUUAUUUUUGUAUAGUGUACCUUUUGUGACCGCUACAUUUUGUGUUGUACAAAGGUCUUAUUCCAUGAUUAUAAAAGAAUUCAUUUUUUUUCCCCACUGGUUUUAAAGUUUCAUGUUUCAGGUUUAUACCUUUUAUCCAACUAGAAUCCAUCUGGAAUUUAUUUUUGAUAGAUGGUAGGAGGUAGGGAUCCAAUUUUUUUUUUUCCUUCCAGAAUGCUACUCAACCCCAAUGUAUUGAAAAGGUUUUCAUUUUAUGGCAGUGACAUUGGUUUACAAUACAGCAUUGCAGCUUCACACUUUUAAUGCAUUUUCUUGGGUUUUACUUGAAAAUAAUUGUAUCUUUUCUCUGUCUAGAUUCAAGGGUUAGAUACUAAAUUCCCUUUGAUAUUUGGGUCCAUUUUACAACUUUGUAGUUGGCUUCACGGGUCCUGUCUACUCUACUGUGUCCAGCAUUGCAUUUAUGAUAGCUUUUAAUAAGGUAGGGUUAGUUUCCUUGAAACUUUUGGCUUUUCCUGUGGGCUAUUUUACUUUUCAGGAAAACUCACUCCUAGUGUAUUUCUAUAGGUUUUGACAAAUUGGUGUUGUGUUUCCUUCACCACAGCUAAUUAAUACUCCUGGGCCCCUUCCUAUGCCCCUUUGAAGUCAACUCCCCCACCACUCUCUUCCACCGUGAUGUUUCCAGUACUAUAGCUUUGCUUUUUGUGGAUUUAUUUCUCUAUGUAGUUAAAGUCAGUCUUUCUAGUAUCUCCUUAAAGUUGUUUUUGUACUGGUGUUAAGAGUUAGACUUGAUAUCUUGGUGUUAAUUUUUCCUA